AUGCAGUACGUCAGGAGCAUCAGCGGUUCGGUCUCCAAGACAUGGAACUCAAUCAACCCAGCUACGUUGAGCGGAGCUAUUGAUGUGAUUGUGAUCGAGCAUGAAGAUGGGACGCUUGCCUGCUCUCCCUUCCAUGUCCGUUUCGGCAAGUUCUCUUUGCUACGACCCUACGAAAAGAAGGUGGAAUUCGUGGUCAACGGAGCCAAGCAAGACUAUGCUAUGAAACUGGGCGAAGGCGGCGAGGCCUUUUUCGUCUUUGAGACGACAGAUGAAAUCCCGGCCUCUCUACAGACCUCGCCACUGGUAUCGCCUGCGGGGAGUCCGAAGCCGGAUGCUCUUGAGACCCUGCCGGCGUCGCUGCAGGAACCGGAUUUUCUGGACCUGGACCGGUCCUUGACGGGCUUACCCAAAGGCCAUCAUAAUGAUACUCCUGGUAUCCCGAUCCUAGCGAGGGGCGCGCGGGCAACCAGCGACCUAGGAGCUUUGACCCCUCUUUCCGGGUCGCCCGAAGCUUCGGAUAUUGCAAGAUCUCGACACGGCUCGUUUGGGGAUGAAGCCAUUCGGUUCGAUCGCGCAGUCUCGGAAGGUGUUUUGCAAGCGACUACCUCUGCACCUGACGAUGCUCACCAGAAAACCCAGCGCUCUCAGAGCCCCCCCCCACUGUCACCGGAAGAGACGGUCUCUCGCGCGAUCUCGCUGUCGAAAAAGCUCUCCGGAUCCAACAUCCCCUCUCAUGUGACCGAAACUGGCGAUCUCAUGCUCGACAUGACUGGGUACAAGAGCAAUGAAGAAGACGCGCUGCGCGCCGAGUUGGUCGCCCGCAGGAUCCUUGCGGAGGAACUGGAAGGCAACUACGACAUUGGUGCGCUAAUCGGCGCGGAUGAACACGGAAAUCUCUGGAUCUACAGCAGCGAGGAAGCCAAGGAAGCCGCGAACCGUCGAGCGACCCUGAAUUCCCUACGAGGCAACAGCGGGUUGAACGAGGAUGCGAUUUCGGAUCCGGGAUAUCACAGCGAAGGCGACCAUGCUGUUCCCGAACCAGUAUUGACUACGCGCCACCACCGGGCUACUUCCGAUGUCCAGGCGAGCUUCCCAACCCCGCCCCAGUCGCCGACGCAGGACUCUGCCGGAGACCCGAAUCGCAACUACGCAAAGACUCUGCGCCUCACCAGUGACCAGCUCAAAACCCUCGAUCUGAAACCGGGGCCCAAUCCCAUGUCCUUCAGUGUCAAUCGAGCCAUCUGUACAGCCACUAUGUACCUGUGGAAUGUCCGCACCCCUAUAGUCAUCUCAGAUAUCGAUGGCACCAUCACCAAAUCUGAUGCUCUGGGCCACGUGCUGAAUAUGAUCGGACGUGAUUGGACGCAUGCCGGCGUGGCUAAAUUAUAUACCGAUAUCGUCAAUAAUGGUUACAAUAUUAUGUACCUUACGAGUCGGUCGGUCGGACAGGCAGAUAAUACACGAGCUUAUCUCUACGGGGUCUGCCAGGACGGGUGGAGGCUACCCAAGGGCCCUGUCAUCACAAGUCCUGACCGGACCAUGGCCGCACUGAGGCGAGAGAUUUAUCUCAGGAAGCCCGAGGUGUUCAAGAUGUCCUGUCUCCGAGAUAUUUUGGGGCUGUUCUCCACAAAGGAAAACCCGUUCUAUGCUGGAUUUGGCAACCGUUUGACCGAUGCGUUGAGCUACCGCUCAGUGAAUAUUCCCUCGACGCGGAUUUUCACGAUCAAUUCCAAUGCGGAGGUGUCUCUGGACCUACUAAGCCUCAACAAGUACAAAAGCAGCUAUGUCACGAUGCGCGAGCUCUUGGAUCAUUUCUUCCCUCCAGUUAGCUUGCUCGUGCAAGCCGGUGGUGAGGCCUUUACUGAUUUUACAUAUUGGCGAGACGUGCCACAGGGUCUCGAAGAUUUUUCCCUUACAGAUAGCGAAGCCGAAGAGGACGAAGAGGAGGAGGAGGAGGAAGAAGAAGAAGAAGAAUACGAUGCCGAGUCGAGCGAAGAUGAAGGCAGCGAUAUCCUUGACGAUGAGCAAGUCGAUGAGGGACUGGACGCUAGCUAUAUACCACGAGACCCGAUGGAGGAUUCCUAUCUUGCAGACUCGGUCAUUGAUUCUAUUGAAGAAUCUGGUCGCUCGUCAGACCUUGGAGAAGUUUUCGAUGAUGAAGGUGAUGAUGGGCCGAAUGCCACGGCCCUUGAUGCGCUGACAUUGUCUGACCCUCCCGCAUCUGAGAAGGUCAUAACCACUCACUAG